AUGGGUGCCUCUGAGAGGAUGCGUGACAACCCAAACGACCCCCACCACACUAUACGGUAUGGGUGCAUUGGAAAGAUACCUGCCUCACAACCCUCACCUCUUUCACUUUACGAUUUGUUGACUGAAUGCCAGAAUAUGUCCACGAAAAAACGCAGCUUUCACUUUCCCGACAUCAACAUCAGGAGUAAGCUAAACAAAAUUAAGGCAGAACUCCGUUCUGCACUAUCUCAACCCGAGAAAGUGAAUACCCUAUCCAACGGGGACGCAAAUUCAUCGUGGAAAGAUGAUAUUUCCCAGCGACGAACCUCUCCCACUAUGUAUCGCUCAGUCUACCCGAAAAAAAUUCAUGGGUUCGAAGAACACUUGGCGACGCUGAAGAGGUUGGUUCUCCGGCCAGAAAGUGACGAAGAAGACGGAUUCAAGGCGAUCUCCAUUGUCGGAGCAGAAGGGAUCAGGAAAACGUCACUCUGCGCAAUCGUUUUCGACGACGAAGAGGUGAAGAAGAGGUUCUUACUGAGGGUUUGGGUCACAAUGCCCAGACCGUCGGAUGAAGAUUACAGAAAGAGCCCCGAAAUAGCGAUAGCGACACGGAUCUUGGCCUCGCUUGGAGUCGAAGAAGAGGUGAAGGAGCUGAUGCUAAAGAACGACGACCUGAAAGGGCUCGUUUGCGCUCUUCACCAAGAAUUGGCGAGGAAGAGGUACCUGAUCGUGUUGGACCAGUGGUACGGACAUGUGAGUUCAAGUGAUGAUAGUGCUGACCUAAAGAAAGGGGAGUGUUUGGAACAUGGGUUUCCGAAAGGCUGUGGAGGAACAGUGAUAGUCACAAGCAGGAACGAAAGAGUGGCCAAACAGAUGUUUGGGGAUGAGGACAGAACUGUUAUACCGAUUUUACCCACCCCUCAGGGGUGCUGA